GCGGUGCUGGCUGUUAGCAUUUGUAGCAUUUGUAGCAUUUGUAGUUUUUGUUGUCGGGACGUUUUAAAAACAUUUUUUGGGACAAAAUAAAAAAUAAAACUGCCGGUCAGCACGAUGGCGUCCACCGCGGCGGGAAAACAGCGGAUCCCGAAGGUGGCGAAGGUGAAGAAUAAAGCUCCCGCGGAGGUUCAGAUCACCGCCGAGCAGCUGCUGAGGGAAGCCAAAGAGAGGGAGCUCGAACUCCUGCCGCCGCCGCCGAAACAGAAGAUCACAGACGAGGAGGAGCUGAACGAUUACAAACUCAAGAAGAGGAAGGGAUUCGAGGACAACAUCCGAAAGAACCGCACUGUCAUCAGUAACUGGAUCAAAUACGCACAAUGGGAGGAAAGUCUGAAGGAGAUCCAGAGGGCUCGUUCCAUUUACGAGCGAGCGCUGGACGUCGACCACCGCAACAUCACUCUGUGGCUGAAGUACGCCGAGAUGGAGAUGAAGAGCCGCCAGGUGAACCACGCCCGCAACAUCUGGGACAGAGCGAUCACCAUCCUCCCACGAGUCAACCAGUUCUGGUACAAGUACACCUACAUGGAGGAGAUGCUGGGUAACGUGGCCGGCUGCAGGCAGGCGUUUGAGCGCUGGAUGGAGUGGGAGCCCGACGAGCAGGCGUGGCACUCCUACAUCAACUUUGAGCUGCGCUACAAGGAAGUGGACAAAGCUCGCACCAUCUACGAGCGAUUCGUCAUGGUUCACCCCGAAGUGAAGAACUGGAUCAAGUACGCUCGUUUUGAAGAGAAGCACGGCUACAUCGCUCACAGCAGGAAGGUUUACGAGAGAGCGGUGGAGUUCUUCGGAGAGGAACACGUGGACGAAAACCUCUUCGUGGCCUUCGCCAAAUUCGAGGAGACGCAGAAAGAGUUUGAACGGGUUCGGGUGAUCUAUAAAUAUGCUUUGGACCGGAUCCCUAAACACCAGGCUCAGGAGCUCUUCAAGUAUUACACCAUGUUCGAGAAGAAGUUCGGAGACCGAAGAGGAAUCGAGGACGUCAUCGUCAGCAAGCGAAGGUUCCAGUACGAGGAGGAAGUCAAGGCGAACCCACACAACUACGACGCGUGGUUCGAUUACCUCCGCCUGGUGGAGAACGACGCCGACCCCGACACGGUGAGAGAGGUCUACGAGCGAGCCAUCGCCAACAUGCCGCCCAUCCAGGAGAAGAGACACUGGAAACGAUACAUCUACCUGUGGAUCAACUACGCCCUGUACGAAGAGCUGGAGGUCAAGGACCCUGAGAGGACGAGGCAGGUGUACCAGGCCUGUCUGGACCUCAUCCCACAUAAAAAAUUCACGUUUGCUAAGAUUUGGCUGCUCUACGCUCAGUUUGAGAUCCGGCAGAAGAACCUGCAAGGAGCCAGAAAAGUCAUGGGCACAGCGAUCGGUAAAUGCCCGAAGAACAAGUUGCUGAAGGGUUACAUCGAGCUGGAGCUGCAGCUGCGAGAGUUCGACCGCUGCAGGAAGCUCUACGAGAAAUACCUGGAGUUCAGUCCGGAGAACUGCACCACCUGGAUCAAGUUUGCCGAGCUGGAGACCAUCCUGGGAGACAUGGAGAGAGCCCGCGGCAUCUUCGAGCUCGCCAUCGGACAGCCGCGACUGGACAUGCCCGAGGUGCUGUGGAAGUCCUACAUCGACUUUGAGAUCGAGCAGGAGGAGUUCGGAAACACCAGGAACCUUUACAAGCGGCUGCUGCAGCGCACUCAGCACGUCAAGGUCUGGAUCAGUUACGCCAAGUUCGAGCUGUCCAUCGACGGCCCCGACCGGCUGCAGAGGUGUCGGCAGAUCUUCGAGGAGGCCAACAAGAGCAUGAGGAACUGCGAGGAGAAGGAGGAGCGGCUGAUGCUGCUCGAGUCCUGGAGCGACUUCGAGAAGGAGUUCGGCUCCGAAAGCACCAUGGAAAGAGUCAGGAAGCUGCUGCCGGAGAAGGUGAAGAAGAGGAGGAAGCUGACUGCCGAGGACGGGUCGGACGCAGGAUGGGAGGAGUACUACGACUACAUCUUCCCAGAGGACGCCGCCAACCAGCCCAACCUCAAACUGCUGGCGAUGGCGAAGAUGUGGAAGAGGCAGCAGAUCGUGAACGAGGAGGUGGUUCCAGAAAUCGCUCCAGGGGCUGAAGAGGCGACAUCGUCGUCGUCAUCGCCGUCACCCCCACCGUCCACCUCGGACGAAGCUGCAGCUCCUCCCGAGAACGGCUCGGACAGAAACGCAGCGGCCGAAGCAGAACAGGAAAAGACGUACGACGAUCGAGACGACGAUGACAGCAGCAGUGAGAGCGACAGUGACGACGAAGAUGAUGGAAAGAAGGAGGAGGAGGAGGAGGAGAAACCGAGCCCGAGCGGGGACGAAGAUAAAGAUUAGAUUCAUGUUUUGUAAGAACGUGUCCUCGCUCAGGGACUCGAGGGGAGCGACGUUCAUCCCAGAUUCAUUUUUCUACCUGAUAUGUUUUCUAACAAAAACCAGAAAAGGAGCUGACGAGAAGUCUUUAUUGUAUGUUUGCUCUGCCGUCACACUGUCCUGUUGUCUCAUUAAAUUUUCAUUUUCAAUGUACA